AUGCUUACACUUCUGAAAGAAGGGGAUAAGUACGUGGUCUAUAGCGACACAUCACAGACAGGGCUAGGAUGCGUACUCAUGCAAAACGAAAAGAUGAUCACUUAUACUUCUAAGCAGUUGAAGAAACAUGAAAAAAAUUAUCCUACCCAUGAUCUGGAGCUCGCCAUAGUGGUCUUCGCCUUGAAGAUCUGGAGGCAUUACUUAUAUGGGGAGGAAUUCGAAUUAUUAUGCAAUCACAAGAGUUUGAAGUAUAUCUUCACCCGGAAAGAUCUAAACAUGCGGCAACGUCGAUGGAUGCAAAUGUUGAAGGACUUCAAAUUUGAAGUGUCCUAUCAUCCGAGCAAGGCGAACCUUGUAGCAGAUGCCUUGAGCCGAAAAAGGAACCAUGAAGUUAUGGCUGGCCUUAUGAUAAGGGAAGGAGAAAUGUUGGAUUUCAUUCAGAAUUAUGGCGCGCAAUUUUCUUUCAGUGGGCUGAGUUUACUAGUAGUGUCCUUAGUCAUUGAACCAGCUUUAAUUCGUCCUAUCAUUGAAUCUCAGGAACAUGAUGAAUCCUUAAAGAAUUUGAAGCAGAGGUACAAAUAUGAAGGAAUGCAGGAAAGGCAUAUUAGCUCAGACGGUGGCCUGAGAUACCACAACGAUAUUUGUGUACCGAAAGUACCGAAAUUGGAACAGGCGAUACUGGGUGAAGCACAUAAACCCCAUCUCACUGUUCACCCAGGCAGUACAAAAAUAUAUGUCAGACGUCAGUACUGGUGGGAGAAUAUGAAGCGAGAUAUUGUAGAAUAUGUUGCAAAAUGCCUCACCUGGUAG